GCAAUCCGAAUCAGUCGUAAUUAAGACGCGUGGUAUUAUGGGUUUAGAACCGAUUCCUACAGUUCCCCCUUCGUUUACCGGAUACCUUAGGACUCCGACUUGUCCAUCGAACUUAAAGUGGGACCCUUUGGUUAAGAUUUGUCUCCCAAACUUGGAUGUUAAAGAUUAUGUGCCUAAGGGAGUUCUGAAACAACCGAAUCCUCCGGGCUUACCUGGGUCACCGUGGAACACGCCUGUGGGAAUACCGGGAAGAAAACCUGGAGUAAGUUCUGGCGGUGGCACUAAAGAAAGUUUUGGAGGAAUGCCUGUGCAACGUCCUGUUGCGAAACCUGGCGGUAGUUCUGGCGGAGGAUCUGGGGGAAGAGCUGAAGACAAACCAGGAGGUAGUGCUGGCGGGGGCUCUGGUGGAAGUCCUAAGGAUAAGCCUGUAGAAAGUUCUGGAGGAAAUCCUGCAGCAAAACCUGCAGGUAUUCCGGAGAGCAAACCAGAAGGUAGUUCUGGUGGAGCUGCUGAAGGUGGAGCUACUGGAGAAAAUCCUGUUGAAAUUCCACCAGGAAAACCAGAAGAUAGUUCUGGCGGAGGCUCUGGGGGAAGUCCUCAGAAUAAGCCUGUAGAAAGUCCUAAAGGAAAUCCUGAAGUAAAACCGGCAGGAAUUCCCGAGAGCAAACCAGGAGGUAGUUCUGUCGUAGCUGCUGCAGGAAGUCCUGAUAAGAAACCAAUAGAAAGUCCAGAGGGAAAACCUGGAGCUGAUAGCGAUGGCUCGAAAGGACGUCCCGGAGAGAACCCGAUUGGAAGUCCUGGAGGAAAACCAGCUGGCGGAAACGCUAAAGAAAAUGCAGGAAAACCUGUAGGCUCCGCUGGAGGAACCACCAACAAAAAUAUCAACAAUAUUAAAAUACAACACAAACGCUAACUUUAGAAGAUGACUUUAAAGUGUAACUUCAAUGAAUAAAAAAUAUUAAAACAA